ACCUCUACGUUCUCGAGUUCCAACAUUCUUCCGUUGGAAGCAGUGGGAGUAGGACAUCGCCAAAUUUUUCUUCGACUUCUAGGUUCUUUUCUACAGUGUAGUGUGACGACACUUGAUAAGCAAAGAUGUGCGAGGAAGAGCUCUUCAAGUAUCAGUACAAGAUGUACAACAUUCUUAAAAGUUAUAUGGUUGCGUGGGAGGAGCACCAGCGUCAGCCUCAGGAUCGCUCCAAGAUCCUGGAGCUGCGCAGUCUACUCAGCGGCCUGCGCUCCAUAGACGCCCAGCAGAAGCAGCUGGUGCAGCAGCUACGAUACAAGAGGUUAUAUGAGCGCCAGCAGGGGGACUGUCAGGCCUCCUCUCUCCCUACCUCCCCACAGGCCUCAUCUCUCUGCUCCUCCCCCCAGGCCUCCUCCCCAUGUUCCUCAGCCUCUACUGAACUCAGGUAA